AUGGUGCGGAAAAGAAUACAACAACCGGAAAUGUACACGACGUAUCUCUUGAAACCCGGUCAGACGCUCAAGAAUACCAAAGUGUCUGAAAGAAUUCGAGCGUUAGUAGUAACGAAGGACACCUUUCAGCGUUUUGUGGAUUAUACUACAGAAGAGGAUAGACUAGCAGCACAGCAAGAAAAAGAAGCUGCAAAAAUAGCAGCGUUGAAAAAAGCGACUUAUGAAAAAAGUAAAACAUGGGAGAGCACAAUAGAAAAUAUUAAGAUGAGACAAAGGGAAGAAUUAUUGUCAAAGAAGCAAAAAGAAGAAGAAAAGAGGAAAGUGUUCGUAAAGGAAAUGGCAGAGAAAAAGGUAGCGGAGCGUGCAGAAGUGGUGCAGCAAGCAAGGAGAUUGCUUCAGCAAAAGAAGCCUUUGUGCCGACAGAUUAAUCGUGCUCUUCUCGUCUCCGAGUGUCUCAGGGAGCUGGACGCUCAAGUGGCGUUGCAAAAGACUAUUAGAGCAAUGGACAAAGAACAAGAUGAAAAAUAUGCUAAUUCCAUUAAAACAGACAUUGCAAAAUAUGAGGAGCAGAAGAAACAAGAAAUGGAAGAAGAAACGAAAAAAACGAUGGAUUACAGGAUUGCUUUGAAAAAACAGAUCGAAGAGAACGAAAGGGACAAUAAAUUAAAAGCAACGGAAGAAUUAGAAGCUGAAAAACGGGAUCAAACAAACAUAAUCCAAGAUAUGCAACUCAUGAAAAAGAAAGAGAUGCAAGAUAUAUUGAACAAAAAGAAGAGAUUACAGCAAUUUUUCAAGAAAGCGAUGGAGGAAAAAAAACGACUUGAACUAGAAUUACAGCACAAUGAAGAAUUAGAGGAUCAAACGAUAGAAGUUUAUAGGGAAGCUAAAGAUCGAAUACAGAAAAUUCACAAAUCAUUAGCGUUAAAAAAGAAGGAAGAAAAAGCGCGUCAGAAACAAAUUAUAGAGAAGCAAUAUGUUUCACUCGACAAAGUUCGCGAUGCUAAAGAGCAAGAAAUCUUGGAAAAAGCUGUUGAAGAGAAAAAAGCAAUCGAAGUGGAAAAGCAAAAAGCACAAAAGGAACGAGAAGAGAAAAUGCGCGCUCUCAUAGAAGAAUACAGGCUUCAUGAUGCAGCAAUAAAGACCAAGCAAAGACAAGAAGAAAAGGAGUUGAGAGCUUGGGAGAUGAUGCAGAGAUUUAAGAGAGACGAAUAUAACAAACAGAUUGACUUGGAAGAACGCAAACAACAAUGGCAACAAAAACUGGAAUACGGCAAUGAAUUACAAAAGGAUAUCAAACAAAUGGACAAAGAACGCGAAAAAGAAGUUCUUGAGGUUGAAGCGACAAAAGCUGCAAUUGAUAAAGCUAACCAAAGGAUUCUAUUUUAUAGCGAUGAAGUUUUAGAAGAAUCGAAAGGCGUGAGACCACUUUAUCCAAUCAUCAAAGCCAUAGAGGAUAUUAAAAAAGAAAUGGGGUUAGCUCCAAAGAAAAAACUCGAAGAGUCAAUCGUCGAAGAGGAAGAGCGGCCGAAGAGAAAAUACAGAACUCGGCGCCGCUGCAAUUGCCCGAAAUCUGUUGCAGCAGAUCAAAUAUAUUAUUUACAGUAA